AUGGAGCUGACAGAGGCCCCCAGCUCGAUCUUUCAAGCUCCUCGCCCCAGGUUACCCGAGAGCUCCGUGCCCACCGCCAAGGCCCCGCAGGCACCAAAAGAGACGGCGUCACGCGUGGCAAACGGCGAAGGGAGCAUACGACAGAAGGUGAUACGGCAUUACGAGAUCACCUUGAGGCGAUUUUCGGGAUACAAUGGCAACGUACGUCGUCACUGA